AUGUGCAAUGACCAAGAAACUAACAAUAAAUCUGAUUCUAUAUUCGACGACCAAGAAACUACCAACAAAUCUGAUUUCAUAUUCAGUGACCAAGAUACUGUCAUUGAAUAUAAUUUUAAGUUUGGUAAUAAGUCUGUUCCAGUGUUUGAUAAGCAAGAGAUUAUUAAUGAAUGUGACUUUAUGUUUAAUAAUCAUGGGAUUACUGAUAAGUUUAGCUUAAUCUUUAAAAACGAUGAUGAUUAUGUCCAAAUUGUUAAAGGAAACAUAUUAGAAGAAUCUGUUAAAGAAAUCCUUCAGGAUCAAGAAAUUGCAACGAGUUGUGUUUUCAAUUAUCAGAAAAUUUAUACAUCAAUAGAG